AAAAAAGGAGAGCAAAGGAAAUUUGUUUUUUACCUGCGAAAGAGAAGAAUUUUCACUCUCUGCGGCAAACGUGCGUUUGAGUAUUUGAUCAAGUGCAGCCCCCGUGUUUUUCUUGUGUAUGAGAGAAAAUGCAGCCCUUACCACACACACAUCUGCAGCACAUCCUUCUGUUGCUCGUGAUUACAGCAGGUACAGCAUUAUCCUUGCGAAUAAUCCAAAUGAGCGUCCCGCCUGUGAUCAGGAGUGGUGACGACGGGAAUCUCAUGUGUCUGUAUGACCUGGAACAGGAGCACCUCUACUCCACUCGGUGGUACAAAGGGCGGCGCGAAUUCUACAGAUACACACCAAAGGAGAAUCCAGCAAAGAAGACUUUUCCAGUGCCAGGAAUUAAUGUUGAGAUAAGCAAGUCAAAUGCAAGUCACAUAACUCUCAGCUCGGUGGAACUCUCAAGUUCUGGCAGAUACAGUUGCGAAGUCACCUUGGAUGCACCAUCCUUCAUGACAGGAUUCAUAUCCAGUGAUCUGGAGGUUGUUGAAUUUCCACAGCAGCGACCAUCAAUAAGUGGCGCCAAAUUGAAGUAUCGAGUGGGAGACGUCCUCACAGCGAAUUGUUCAUCGAAACAAUCAAAACCAGCUGCCAAUCUGACGUGGACAAUAAAUGAUGCUCAAGCUAGUUCAUCCCACGUUCGACUGUACAAGCCAGUGAAGGAUGAGACAACAAAUUUGGAGACAUCAAUUCUUGGAGUACAUUUCCUUGUAGCGCGUCAGUAUUUUUUGCAAGGAAAAUUGAAGAUUAAGUGCACCGCCCAAAUCUACAAUGUCUACAAUCAAUCGACGGAGCAAAUACUGGAAGAGGAUCGACCGCAGGUGGUGGUGUUGUCGUCGGAUUCAUCCCCCCUUGGGCCACCCAAUGUCAACAUGGUCCAUUCGCCCUACGAUCAAUCUUCAUUGCACGACGAAAUCGAGAACGAUGCAUUCAUGACACACAUUCAAGCUGAUAUGUCAUCAUCCAGAUCCCCAAUUACAAUUUCACCAUUUGCUCGUCUCUGGUGGAUCUCAUUAAUAACAAUUACAUCAGCACUGUUUCACUUGAUGAGUGAAAGCCUCUACCCGGGUUGUAUUGCAGUGGCGGAUUGAAUUGGUUGUUGUGCUACGGAAUGCUUGGCCAUCAAAGUCGCACGGACAUUGUGAGUAUGGAGCCACCCAACACCCACCACCCGCCCGCUAUGCUGCCCCCAAAUCAGAUGUCAACGGACCGAAGGGGGUAUUAUAUGUCUUCUUUGACGGAUAAUAAUUAUUUUUGGCGAAAUUGCUCACCCGAAUCUUUUUCAUUUCGCAACAAACCCAUUUUGAUUGGCCGGCAGUCCUUAUAUACCAUUUUAUUGUUAUUACUUUUAUAGGGACAGGACGGGUUGCGGGGGAUGGGAUAAAAUACAAAUGUAAUAAGUAUAAUAGAAGCAUGGGAGUGUGGAAGCCACUUCAAUCUGAUAAUUUUUCACUCUGACAUGUGGGGAAAAAACAAGAGGAAGGAAAAAUGACGCUGUAGAAUGGAAAAUUCUCUGUGAGAUGAAAAAUUGAGAGAUGUGGAACAGUUUCAGCAUUAAUUCUGUCUUGGGCAGGAGCAUUAAAGGGGGGAAUUCGGGGGGUGAUGGUUGAGAGAGACAUUUCAGAGAGAGAGGGGGGGGGGGAUGAAAAUGUGGAAAUGGAACAUAAAUUAAUGAAACAAUGUUAAUAAGAAUGAGUGAGUAUCACAUAAUGUUGAGAAUUUUUUGAAUUUUACAUGGGGGUGCUUCCACGGAAUGAGCUUCUCCAACAAGCUUUCCUCACCAUACAUAUAGCUAUGGAUCUCCCCUACCAACAAGGGGUGGAGGGGUGUUACUGCGUGACGAUGAAAUUAUAUGGCGCAAUGAGGAAAUUAAAGCUUGGGAAAAAAUUUCCCUUAUAAAAGCGUAUUUUUAAUUUAAACAAAAAAAAAACAUUUAGAUAUACUUUCCAUCACACAAACACUUUCCAAGUCUUCCAAAUAAAAUAUAUAUUUCCUCUGUCAACAAACUAUUUCAUGAUGAAAACUAAAUAAUUCGUAUUUUAUAUCAUGUGAAAAUAUUUGAUGUUCUCAUUCGCAAUUUUAUAUUAUUUAUCUUUGCGCGAAUCAUUCUAUUUUAUUUAUAUAGUGGAAAUUGUUGGUGGUGAAAUUUGAUGUUAUUUUUCUGGGAAACAAAAAUAAUGCACAUAAUGUGAAUUACUUACAACCAAAACACCAUUAAAAAGUUUGAGAAAAAAAAUAUAGAAAAAAGGCGAAAAGUUGUCAGUUUAGCGGAAAAGCUCUCAUUCGUUAAAGCAAAUAAAUUUAAUUUGCGAGACAUUGUGAGAUUUGUGAUUGAGAAGAAAUUUAAAUUAGCAGGUUAAAGUGAAAAGAAUUAAAUUAUUUCAAAACAUUUGCUCUUAAUUAGUGGAAAAUGAGCGAAAAUGAUUUUAAUUAAUACGGUAUUAGUCAUUAAAUAUCAAUGAAAAUUCAUCAAUAUUCGUGGAAAAGCUCUUUACUUUUUUUUUUAUAAAAAAAAAAAAGUUAAAUAAUAAUACAUAUUUUAAUUAAUUUGUCUGGAUCUGUUUAAUUUGAAUGAAAUUAAAACAUCAAAUAAGAUUUUCUUUAGUUGACAUUUCGCUAAAUAUUAUCCCCUUCUUCAGGUUAACUACAGGUAAGAGAGGAAAAAUAAGAAAUUGAGAGAAGAGAUAGAGAAUAUCAUAUUUCGUGUUUAACCCUCAAUAAAACAUCCAAGUUGUAGCCAUUACCACCUUACUCUUGAAACAGAUAAAGGAUAAAGUUACAGAAGUCAUUAUUUCAACCCCUUCUUCUGCAUUACCCAACUGCCAAACACUAGCCCUGUAAAAUCUAUAUAAAAUAGUAAAAGAUUUAUUAAAAGUUAUUUGAUAGAAUGGAAGUUAAUACUUUAUGGAUACAUAUUUUUAGACGGAUUUGUUUCCAUCGUUCCUUAUCUUGUUUGUGUCUGAAAAAAUAGAAAACACUCCAAGUGUGAAGCACCCCCUAACCCCAAAAAAAAAUUGCCGAAGCAGAAAAAUAAGAAUUUUAAUAAAUUAGCAAAAGAAAAAUAAAUAUUUAAGAUGUGUGUAUGAAUUAAGGAACAAAAAAGAAGAUAAAUUAAAAAAAAAAUGAAAAACAAAUAUGUGAAGGAUAUUGACAUUAGAGAAUGUAGUUAAAAAAUUUUCAAUAAAAUCCCUCGUGUAUAUAAUAUUUGAAGGAGAAAAUAUAUAAAGAAAAAAAUAAUAUUGAAAUAGGCUUGGAAAAAAAUAAUGAAGAGGAAAAUGUACAUAGUUACUGUGUAGAGGAGGGAUUUAUGAUUUUUUAUUGUGACGCUUCUUCCAUCCCUUUUUCAAGUCAAGUUGAUGAUGAAGAAAAAAAGAAAAAAAAAACUUGACUCUGGUUACAUAAAUGUGUAUAUAUAUUAAAUGAUUGAAUGGUUUGUAUAUAGAUUGAUUGACGAACGUAGAGAGAUGGCAAAAAAAUAACAGUGAAAGAACAAACCGAAGAGUAUUUAGGAGAAAAUUGAUGGAAAAUCGACAACAAAGCAAUUGACCAAGCUAUAGGUCACUCAACCAUUUUCCAAUUAUCACUUUAUUUACUUUUCAUUGAAAAUAAUGCUAACAACAAUAACUGAAUAUUGGUUUCUUUUUUUUUAUUCAUUCUCUCUAUAUUAAUAAAUCUAAUGUACCUCGAGGGGCGAGGAAACUCCCCAUCAAUUGUAUUCUCCUUUUCACCACGAACGGGAGCAUUAAGCAUGAUGGAUUUUUUUUCUCUCUCGUCUUAUUUCAAUACACUUUUAUUUCCAUUCUCCAUUUUAGCAGCCAACAAAAGGAAUCUCCUCAAACCACAUACCGACUAAAAGAUAAAAUCUUUAGGCGCAAAAUAAUGGUAAAAAAAAGUAAAGAAAAAAAAGAAGAAAAAUCAAUAUUAAAAAUUAACUUGUACUGAUAGUUUGAAGUGGAUUAUGAAAAUAAAUACUAAAAAUGAUAAUAAUUGUUAGAUUGAUGUUUAUUACAAGAUGAAAAAUGAAAAAAAGGAAGGGCAACAAUAAAUAUAUAUGAAUUUUAUCAUA